GUACCAUAAUAAAGAAGUAUACAAGCCACACACUGCUGCGCCUCUUAAGCUAUAUUCUCCGGUUUUUGCAGUGAUUGUCACACACACACUGGGUGUGGUGUAUUUGGUCCUCUGCAUUUGACAGAUGGAGGGCAUUGCGGGCCAGUCUUGGACUAACUUUGAACUCGGGACCCCGACUCCAAAAUGUGAAAGUUUCCCACGUGAAGCCGUGGAGCUCGAGAUCCUGUUUACUGUGGACUAGCUGUGUGUGACGCCCUGUUGUUUUUGUUUCCAUUACAAAAAAAAAGCUCCACCGUCUCGCCAAGUGCCAGCAAGAGUCAUGAGUACUUGUCAACUCGACUCCUCAACUGGAGAUAACUUUCUAGCACCUCACCAUGGGGAAGGAUGUAUUCAUAUGCCUUCACCAGCACCUGCAUUAAACAUGCAGAGAGUUACACAAGUUCUUACCACCUUGGGGCACCAUUCAGACAACUACAAAGACGCAUUAAAAAUAAUGCAACAAUAUGGAAAGGGCUGCGACACCUCAGACCUGCAAUCUGAGGCAGAGAACGAGGAGCUGCCAGAAAAAAGGAACAGGAAGCCAGUCCAUCGUCUCGGGGACUCAGAUGAUAGCGAAGAAGACCCGGGAAAUAGUGACCUCGCAUCUCUGGGGUUGGCAAGCCAAUUGCACAGGCAGACUCCACCGUCUCGCCGAGUGCCAGCAAGAGUCAUGAGUACUUGUCAACUCGACUCCUCAACUGGAGAUAACUUUCUAGCACCUCACCAUGGGGAAGGACGCAUUCAUAUGCCUUCACCAGCACCUGCAUUAAACAUGCAGAGAGUUACACAAGAAAGUCCCUCCUCGACUCCCUCCACCCCCCUCACCAGCAGCCCUCAACAUGUGGCAGACAGAGGAGCCUGGAUCCAGCCUGGCCUACAGGCCAACAUGGCGAGGGGGAAGAAUGGCCGACAACAUUUCCUGCUCUGCUGCCUGAGGUAAUCCAGAUCCUUAGCCUGCUGGAAACUAUUAAGCACAACCAAGACCAGCUGAUUGCGAAGGUUUUUCAAAAAUAUUUUGCAUGGGAGAUGAGUUGGCCUAUCAUUCUCUGCAGUGUAACGCAAGCAUGGCUGAGCCGAUACAUCUUCACCUCGACACUUCAAAUCUAAGCCCCUCCCCUUCUGCUACGUAGCCAAGUUGGUGACUAUUGAGUGUGGAACAUGCUUCAUAUUGUCCUUGGAGCCCAAGCGUGCGCCCACAUGACUGAAGUCCAGUUUUUUGGAGACUAUCUGAACCUGAAUUGAACCAGCAGAGCAGCACAAGACGGAGGAGAGGAGAAGAAAAGGAGUUGGAAGGUGUUCAGAAAGAAGAGAGUAGAUCAGAGGUCACCAACAAAGUAGAGUUAAAAAGGGUAGAAAAGAUGCAGCACGAGACUCCCUGCUCGUUGUGAUAUCAAAUAGAACUUCCUGCCUUUUAGUUUGGCAAUAAACUGUCCUCCAUCAACCAGAAAGUGACUACUAACUAAAAUAUGCAUUUCUAAUUACAUAAUGUUCAACCAUGUCAUCCUAGAUCUCAACAUUGUGAAUACUUCAAAUAUUUCCAUUUGGAUUUUUCUAUGAAUGUUCCAUACUCUUGCUUUGUUGCCAGAAUAAUUCUGCCUGAGGAACUUGCCAUGACGAUGGUGAAUAGGUGACGUCAUGUUUGAUCAUCUUUACAGCGCAUGCAAGUUAAAACUGAGCUCAAACCGCCUCAAUGACUUCAUGACAUAAGUAAUCAACAGUAUAUUUCUUAAUGAAUCGAUUAGUAUACC